CGACGAUGUAGUCUACUGCAACUCAACGCAAACUAAAGUUUCGUUAUCCUUAUAGGCUAGGUAGUAGUCUACCUUAUUACGCUCAAAGAACCGCCAAGCACAGGACGCUGCCUUCCCGACUUAGCAACUUACUUAUUUACUACGUUGGUUACUCUUAAGCUAAUUGAAGAUUGGCGUUGCGGGAAGCCUCUGGCAACACUCCCUGCAUGGUUGCACUGCAACCUUAUAAGCUUGCUUCUACACUAUGGACGUCGGAGGAUACGUAUAGGAGUGAAAAGCGAACACCGAACCACCCAUAACACGUCGUUGCGACCUGGCCCAGGCUACCUCCGCCGCAUGAGCUGCUGCCGCUGCUGAAGGCGGCCCGCUGCCAUGAGCAGCCGCAGCGGCGGCGAGGGCGGUGACUGCCGGCCGGGGCCCUUCCCCGACCCCCACGCCUCGCCGCCCAGCCUGGCGGAUGCCGGCGCGCUCCGGCUGCUGCAGGAGGACAGCCCCUUCGGCCCCGCGGGCUACACUCAGAUCCCCCUCAUGACGCCCGUGCUAGCGGACGCCAGCAGCAGCUUGGACCCCAUGGAGGACUGGUAUGGCGAGGCGCAGGAGGCCCUCAUAGAGCGCUACCUCACUCUCAUGGGACUGGCGCCGCGAGACUACCUGCCACCACCCGGCUCGCAUGGCUCAGCAGCAGCAGCAGCGGCUGAGUCCGCACCCGCCUCCUCCGCCGCCGCGGCGCCUCCUGAAACCGCCCGCGGCGGCAGCGGCGACGGUGCCACCCAUCCGCACCCUGCCUCCCACCCUCACCCGCACCCUCACCCGCACCCUCACCCGCACCCCCACCCCGCCAGCAGCCCCACCUCCGCCACCACACCCAGCAGCCUCAGCCUCAGCCACGGCACCAGCCUCACCAGCCCCGCCACCACCCCCACCACCGCCACCGCCCUGGUCAGCCCCACCCCGGAGGACCUCCGCCUGCCCCCCCUGCGCCGCCCCGCGCCCCCGCCCUCCCCCCACCCGGGUACCUCCCGCUCGCUGCAAACACUAGGGCUGGACGCCGCCACGCUGGCUGCCCGCUGCGUGCCGGGUCCGCUGAUCCGCUCGCUGCACCGCUCCCUGGCGGCGCAUGCGGCCGCGUUCUUCCGCUCCUGCCUGGCUGAGCGGCGGCGGCUGGCGGUGCUGGGCGGCGGGUCGGGGCGGGAGGUGCCGCUGGCUGACCGGCUGCUGGCCUUCAUCACCGGGGUGGAGGGGCAGCUGGCGAGCGGCCAUGCGCUGCCCGACAUGGAGGAGCUGAGGAACCCCCGGGAGCUGCAGGCGCUGCUGGAGGUGGUUACCCCGGGCCGCCCCUCUGAGGGGCAGGCGCCCUUCCACCACGAGCUGGUCUACGUGCGGGAGCAGCAGCAGCGGCAGCAGCAGCAGCGGGAGAAGGAGGCGGAGGAGCGGGAAAAGAAGGAGCAGGAUGAGGAGCAUGCGGGGGAGGGGGGCGAGGGCAGGCCUGCUGUGCUGGCGGGUGUGUUGCUGGGUGGUGGUGCGGCAGAGGGGGAGCCGGACCUGGAGGCGCUCAUGGACUUGGAUAAGAUCACCUCCUUGGCCUCCGCGGGCAACGUGCCCGGCCUGCGCGCCCUGCUGCGCAGCCUGGUGGCGGCGCUGCACUACAGCCGCACCGCGCUCAAGCAGCGGCUGGCGGCGGAGGGGGAGCGGGCGCAGCGGGAGUGGGGGCGCGGAGCGGAGGCGAGGAGCGCCGCGCAGCGACUGAGGGCGCAGCUGGCGGACAGGAACAAGGCCCUAGCCGAGCGCGGUGCGGAGCUGGAGGCCGCCUGCCGCCGCGCCACCGCCGCUGAGGAGGCGCUGGUGACGGAGCGGGCCAUCGUGGCGGGGCUGCGCGGGCAGCUGCGGGAGCUGACGGCGGAGUACGAGGAGCAGCACAGGAAGCUGAGGGCGGGUCUGGAGGCUGAGGUGGUGGUGCCCGAGGUGGCCAAGUCCUCCCAGCCCGAGGAGGACAGCGACGACCCGCACGGCCUGCACCAGCUGGGCUGCGAGCUGGCCGCCGCGCGCUCCCAGCUGGCUCUUGCCGACCUGUCGCUGCAGCAGGAGCGCGCCACCUGCCGGCAGCUGCGGGUGAUGCUGGACAGUGUGAGGGGGGCGGCGGCGCUGCAUGAGGGGCGCGCGGCGGCGGCGGCGGCGGAGGUGGAGCGGCUGGGGAGGCUGGUGGCGGCGUCCCGGGAUAAGGCCAAUGCGUCGUCGGGCGGUCUGGCGCUCCUGGAGCGGCAGCUGGCUGAGGAGCGGGCGGCACACCGGCGGACAACGGAGCGGCUCCAGGCGGUGGGGUGGAAGGUGGAGCAGGCGCGUACCGCGGUGGUGGACGUACGUGCGCGGGCGUCACAUGGCAUGCGGAGGCUGCAGACUGUGCUUGGCGACAUGAACGUGCGCGCGCUCACCGCCGAGCGCAAGCACACGGAGGUGCGCGUGGAGCUGCUGCAGACCAAGAGCCUGCUGGAGAUGACACACAGCAACUGGGAGACGCUCCGCGACCGCAAUGACAGCCUGGAGGUGGAGAUCGAGGGCCGGCGUGCGGCGGCUGUGGAGGCGCAGCAGCGGGAGCGGGAGGCGGCGGGGCAGCUGCGGGACACGCAGGCGGCGCUGCGGGCGGCGGAGGCGCGGGUGGAGCAGAUGCAGCAGAAGGUUAUGGCUGACGCCGAGCGGCUGCUGCUUGGCGAGGAGGCCAUGGCGCGACUGGAGGUGCUGGAGAAGGAGCAUGCCGAGCUGCAGACCGCGCACGCCGCCCUGCAGCACUCCCACACGCAGCUGGGGGCGGCGCACGCGGGCCUGCAGGACGAGGCGGCGGCGCUGCGGCUGCGGGUGGCGGAGCUGCUGGUGCGGGAGGCGGAGCUGGGGGAGCUCAAGGUGAAGCACGCGGCGCUGAUGGACUCGCACCACACCCUGGAGAAGCAACACGCGGGGCUGAUCAAGGUCAACGGCCAGCUGAGUGCCGAGCUGGCGGGCCUCAAGCGCCGCUCGGACGUGCUGGCGGAGCAGAUCAUGGAGCUGCGCGCGGCGGCGGAGCAGGCGGAUCGGGACCUGGAGGCGGAGAAGGAGCUGCACAGGAGGACAAAGGCCGAGCUGGACAUCACCGGCGCCAACCUGACGGACAUGUCCGGCCGGUGCGAGGAGAUGGAGGAGCGGGUGGAGAUCCUCUCCACCCGUCUCACCACCGCGCACGAGGACGCGGUGGCGUGCCGCCGCUCCGCCGAGCUGGCGGGGCAGCAGCGCGCGGAGGCGUUCGCCAUGCGGGACGCGUGGAGCCGAGUGAGGCUGCUGCUCAGCUGCGAUGUGCGGGAGUACCUAGCCUCCAUCGAGGGGCAGGUGGGGCAGGUGGGGUGCUGCCUGGGUGAGCUGCGCGAGGGCAUGGCGGCGCUGCAGGCGCGGCUGCUGGACCUGGCGCCGGGGGUGGUGGAGGGGACGGGGGUGGCGCUGCCGCUGGUGCCGUACAAGGACACGCAAAAGAUCUGCGACGCGCUGUUCAAGAUCGCGUCCCACGGGUCGCAGCUGCUGCAGACGCAGGCCACCAUCCGGCAGGCGCUGCUAGACAAGCUGGAGACCGUUGAGGAGGGCGUGAAGGAGCGGCUGGAGCAGGCCACCGACUACUGGCGCCAGGUGCUGGUGCUGUCCCGUGGGUCGCCCAAAGCCAUGGUGCAGAUGGUUGAGCGCAUGACGGGUCAGGUGUGCGCGGAGCUGGACCUGGACCCGCUCAACCCGCUGUCGCGACUGGUGCCCAUGGGGGUGCUGGAGGAGGCGGGGGUGCAUUUGGCCCGCCAGACUGAGAAGCUGGGCGGCCUCACCAACAGCACCGAUCUGGCCCGGGCGCAAGGGGAGGCGGCGGCUCGGCUGCUGGAGUACGAGAGAGAGAUGAACGACGCCCGCAGCGCCCAGUACCAGGCGCUGGUGGACGCGCUAGCCCGCGAGGUGCAUCGGCUGCGGGGGCGGGUGGGCAGCCUGGAGGCCAACAACGCCAUGCAGCAGCGAGCCACGCAGGACAUGCAGCGCAUGCUGUCGGAUGCGGAGUGGAAGGUGUCCAAGGCCCAGGAGCGCGAGGCGCUGGCGGGCAUCCGCAAUAUGGUGCCGCUGGGCCGCGAGACGCGCGCGGUGCAGACGGUGUUCAGCGACCUCUUCGUGCUCACAGCGGGCAGCGGGGCAGGGGGCAGGGAGGCGACCGGGACUGGGAGCGGGGGACCCCUCUCGCCCGCCGCCACACCCCUGUCGCACCAGCACCAGCACCAGCAGCCCCGCAGUGCCGCCAAGCAACGCAAGCAGCAGCAGCAGCAGCGGAGGGGCACCUCUGAGGGGGCCGCUGGUGGUGGUGCUGCUGAGUCGGAUGAUGUGACCAUCAUCGGCGGCAGUGAUGACGAGGUACCGCCGAGACCCAUGUGUCACCCAGCUGACUCGGACGGCACCCCUGCCAUGCAGGACCCCCUCUCCACCUCCGCCUCACUGCCUCCCCUCUCCGCCCUCAGCGCCUCCUCCUCCUCCUGCCAGCAGCAGCAGCAGCCCCCCACCUCCACCUCCUGGGCCGCCCCUUGCCCCUCCCCCCGCUCCUCCGCCCCCGCCUCCUCCUCCCAAGGCACCUACACCAGCCUACUCCGACGCUCCGGCAGCGGUAUCACCUCCACCGCCCCCGCGCCCGCGCCAGCCCCCUCCCGCCCGCAAUCCAACCUCUCCCGAGCCAGCAGCGCCCUACCUCACCACCACCAGCAGCAGCCACCACCACCUCCCUCCACCACACCCUCGCUCACCCUCUCCCCCUCGCCCUCAUUCUCCCCCUCUCCCUCGCCUCCACCGCCGCCGCUGCCCCGAUCGUCCUCUCCGGACGCGCACUCCCUACCCGCGGACAACACCCCAGAGCCCACCUCCGCCUCUUCCUCCGCACCACCUCAGCCCCACACAACCACCUCCAUCCCCACCACCACCCAGCAGCAGCAGCAGCCCCCCUACCUGGCUCCCCCCUCCCAGCAGCUGCAGCGCCGACGCCACCCCGAGCAGCUCGCCACCACCCGCGCCAGUGCCGGCGGCUCGCUGCUCUCCUCCGUGCCCUCCCUCAGCUCCCUGCCCUCAGCAGCCUCAGUGGCGUCGGAGGGGCACCCGCCGGCGGGCGGAGGCGGCGGCGGCGGAGGUGGCGGAGGCGGCGUCAGGACGGGUCGCCGCGCCUUCCCCUCCGACAGCAGCGUCGCCGACGGGUCCGAGUCGUGCGGGAGUGAGGAGGAGUACGACGCGUCGCCGUCUCUGUCGCCGUCGCCGUCGCCGCCGAUCGCGUUACGCACGCCGUCGACAUCCGCCACUGCCAGUGCCGCCGCCGCAUUCGUCGCCAGCGCCGCCGCUGCCGCCGCCGCCGCGCAGAAAAACGCCGCCGGCGGGCUGAUUGCCAGUUUAGGCUACACGUUGCCCACUCGGCCCGCCACCGCCAGUUGUAUCACCACCAGCAACCCCCCCGGCGGCAGCAGCUGCCCUCAGGUCCACCUGGCACCCCCCUACUCCGCCCUCGGCUCCAGACCCACCUCCCAUACCCCCCCGCAAUCCCCGCUGGUGCCUCACCACUCGCACCCUCACCCCCACCCUCAUCCCCACCCCCACCCGCACGCCUCCCGGCCCGCGUCGCCCACCCCCGGGGUACCCGCCACCCCCUCGGGCAUCCCGCACAGCUGGCAGCACACCCCCUGGGACUGGCUGCCCGAGGCGACCCAGCUGACCCGUGGGUCGGUCCCCUACAGCCGCCAGGCGCUGCUGGAGCUCAUUGCCGACAUCCACUUCACCAAGGGGCUACACGACCAGGUUGCCGCCGCCGCCGCCUUCCCCGCCACCUCCAUGCAGCAGUACAUCGGGGCUUACUUCGAGGCGCGGCACGGCCCCCGCGGUAGCUCCCCGCCGGUGGCGGAGCUGGCCCUGGCGCAGCUGCUGGUGUCGCUGGAGACCCACUCGGCGCUGUACGAGGUGAUGCUGUUCGCGCGGGUGGCGGGGCUGCAGGCCUGGACCGCCAAGCCCACCCACCGGCACCACAGCGCCGCCGCCUCCCGCCCCGCCACCGCCCGCUGCUCCCUCUCCCUGCCUCUAGGCAGCAACUCCCCCGCAGCCGGCGCCGGCGCCUUCGCCCGCCCGCGCACCUCCCGCCCCGCCCUGCACUCCAGCUCGCCCUACGCCACGCUGCCACCAACCGCCAACCGCUCAACCGCCGCAACCGCCGCCGGCCUGGGCUCCGCCGCCGCCGCUGCCCUGUGCUCCGCCGCUCGCAGCAGCGGCCGAGUCAUGUCGGCUCGCGUGGGCAGUGCUCUGGGGGGGCUGAGCGGGGUAGGGGUAGGGGUAGGGCCCGGGACCUCCCCCAUGCUAGGCCUGGUGCCCUCCUCCUCCCUGGCGCAGACGCCCUCCCUGGACGGCUGCGACCCCGCCUCCUCCCCCACCGCGGGGGAAACCACCAUGCGGCUGCGCACCGGCCUCUCCCCCGCCAUCUCCUGCUCCUCGCCCUCGCAGCACCAACCCGCCGGCCACAUCUACAGCGCCCGCAAGCGCGCCGCCAGCACCCCCGCAGCGCCGCCGCCGCCGCUGCCGGUGCCUCCCGCGCCCGCCCCGCCUCCCGCCACCCCUAAGCUGCAGCUGCGGGUGCGGCCCGAGGUGCUGGUGUCGGAGCACUUGGGCGGGCUGCUGGGGCGGCUGGGGGAGGUGCCUGGCAUGGAGUCACUGGCGCAGAUCAUCUGCACCGGGCGCCUGGCGGCACGGUUGAGGCCCGCGGACCUGGGGCAGCAGCUGGUGGAGGAGCAGCACCCGGAGCUCUACUUCACGGUUCACCGGCUGUGCGGCGCGCUGGGGCUGCAGGAGCCGCCCGAGCUGCUGCUGCGGGACAGCCUGCCGUACGGCUACGACUGCAUGCUGCUACAGCUGCCCAACGUGGGCACGGGCUCGCUGGGGCUGCUGGCGGGGGAUGUGGACCGACCGCCCACCGCGGGGGGCAACGCCUGCUCCGUCACAGCGGGCGGCUGGCGGCGCCGCGGGGUGCUGCUGCUGUCGCCGGCGCUGGUGCAGGCGUGCGCCAAGGGCGCGGCGGGGGCGGCUGGCGGUGCUGCCCCAGGCGGUGGUGGUGGUGCUGCUGCUGCUGAGCCGGAGGAGCUGCGGGCGCUGCUGGCUGCCGCCAUGACGCCCCUGGCCAUGCCGGGUGGUUUGGGCUGGCGCCUGGACGUGCAAGCGGGCAGUGCGGCUGCCAGCAAUGCGGCCGCUGGGGGAGCUGCAGCAGCAGGCGGGGCCGGCGGCUGCCCGGCUGGCAGCGGCGGUGCAGCCGGUGCCGCCCCCACGCUGCUGAGCGCCGCUGAGGUGGUGACGGCGGUCAACAUCGCCGCGCUCAAGCCUCGAGCGGUGCAGGCGGCACUACCUAGCCAGCUGCAGGUCAAGUGGGAUCGGUUGCUGGGGCAUCUGCGGCUGGUGGCGGCAGCAGCCACUGCAAGCGCCGACCGGGGUGCGCUGCUGGCUGUGCAGGGCGUGGCCCCCGCCGUGCGGGCGGUGUAUCGCGCAGCUGCAGGAGUCAGUCUGGCGGACAGCAACGCUGGAGUUCAGCUGGGGACGGGCGAGGAGCUGCUGAUGCAGGCACAAGCCUUGCCGUAUACGCAUGAGGAGUUGACGACUAUGGCAUCCGUUAGCAUGCACGACGCUGCUUUCGGUGGUGUGGAGACUAGAAGAGGCCAUGCCCUGGCACGAGUAGCGUUGCUAGCGCGAUGGUGCGAAGCCCCCGAGUACAGGCAACUAUUGCGCUCGUCUGUCAAAUCCAGCUAUGCGCCGCAAGGGU